AUACAGAGAUCAUAUAUUAAUUUCUAACCUUACAUUUGCUGCAUAGAUUUUAAAAUGUACAAAGAUACAAAUAAAUAAAAUCCUUUAAUCAUGAACGAAUUUUUAAAAUUAAACUGGCGCGUUAAAGAUCUUGCCGAUCUAGAACCACAAGAGUGUUUUAUAAAAGACGAGGUGGUAGCCGAUUCUUUGAUUUACAAGCAUUGCCAAAAGAAGAGGAUAUUUCAGCGUGGAAAGAAACAAAAAAAUCAAAUAUUUCAGAACAAACGCUUUGUCCCUGGUGGCAACGUUAAUAUAUUCACUGCAACGAAAUCGACUUUGGAUACCUUCGCUCAUGAACAUUGCUUACGAGCUUUAAAACUGUUUCAGUCAGGCAAUAAUUGUUCAUCUCACAAUGCUGUUGAUAAGUUUGCUAUUGAGAUGUUUCAAAAACUCAAACCAAGAAUCAUGGAGGAAAAUGCUCAGUAUCAAUCGUUUGUAUUCGACCAGUGGGUUAAAAAAGAUAAGGAAGCGAUCCAAGGUAUUAAAUCUAGUAUUUAUUUACACGGCAAAAAUGCUUGGGUCAGAAAAUGGCAAAGGAUUUAUUUUUAUCCCCAAUUUUACAGAGAGAUGAGAAUGUUUAACAUGAGCUUCAGUGAGAACGAGAGUAUUAUAGAAUUUAAGUUUAUUAAUAAUGUCUUAGAACUGGGUACCUUAGCCAAAUUUUUAAAUCCGAAUUUAAAAAGUGAAUGUAUAUUAAAAUGUGUUACUCUACCAUCUAUAGAAAAAACUGAUAUUCUGUAUUCUAAUUUACCAGUCAAUGAAGAUAAGAAUGUAUAUGAUAUUAUAAAAAAGUACGAUAUAAAUCUAGUGAUAUCUGCUAGCAGUUUAAAAUGCAUUUCAGACAAUACUGAUUUAAAAGCAAGAUGGAUGAUACCUUUUAAAGUGAAAUUAAUAACUACCGAAAAAGAAGACUGUGAUAAUUCUACAAAGAAAGUUGUGUUUAUCGAUAAACCAUUUUCCCAAAAUAAUAUAUCCAAUUUAGAUUUAGCUUAUAUUAGUUUUAAACACUUGAUUAAAACUAAUUUCUGCCAGGUUGAAGCCUUUAAGUUUGGCCAAGAUGAAAAAACUAUUACUCCGGAAGACAUCGAAAACAGUUCUGGUGUAUUAGGCAACGAUUUUGAGUCUGAAAGUUAUUUAAAUAAGCACGAUAAUAAAAUUCAUCACAAUGUAAACUAUCGCAUUUGGAACAUAAAAAAGACUGAUUGUCGGAACAACCUUAUGAAGCACAAAGUGAAAACAACGGAAUUUAAUGUUCUAAUUCGAAGUAAACUAGAUGCAUGUGAGUGCCACGAAAAUGGAGCUCUUCAGCCUGUGGUACUAAAACCAAAACUGGAAACGCAGCUUAGAUAUGGAGCAAAAAUAACAUCAAAGUCAGAGUUGGCCAGGGAAUGGGUUUCGUUAUUUUUCACGCCAUAUUCUAAUUUAUAUAGAGUGAGAUUGUCGCCAACAUCUGGAGAAGUAAUAUGUGUAGAUAAAUGUACCAUACAGAAAGUUGCCGCUGAGGCUCAGACUCAUUAUCAAUAUAAACCUCAGCUAAGUUUAGGAGUUUUACAAAAGGUUUUUGAAGAGCUUAUAAACCUGGAACCGGGAGACUACUUACUUCAACAUCUACCUAAACAUGAGGCUUUUGUAGCCAUUUUGAAAAAGGACGAAUCGAGCACUUCAAACGACAACUUUGACUUCCAUGCAGAAUAUACUAAUGCAGUAGUAGAUACUGCUCCAAAACAAUGGUUACCUAUUGAUGUUAACUACAUCUUACCUUCGUUUGAAACAAAUAAGCGGCUACCAGGAAUGUUCACCCCGCGAACGAUAAUAAACAAACCAAAUAAGAAUAAACAGAACAGGAGGAAUCAAACGAAAAUAAGAGAACCUUUACAAUGAUAGUUAUAAACUGUUUUAUUUUAAUUAAGCAUAAUAAACAAACAUUAAUUAAUUAAA